CAGGGCCCGGGCCUGGUGGACUCUCGGAAAAAUGAGGGCCAGAGCAAACAAGAAGAGCGAGGGCAAGAGGCGUAGGCACCCGGAGGCGGCAGCAAGACUCAGGACGCCAAGGGCACCGUCUUCCUGGUGCCCCAGGGCCUGCGCCGCCUCUCCACGCCCCUCGCACGGCGGCGACUGCUUCCGAGGUCAUGUUUCCGGGACGCGCGCGUCUUCAGGGUGGAAGCCUGGCGCACGUCCGGAGGUGCCGAGAAGCCAACCAGCCCAAACUCUGGGGGAAAUGACUCUCCUCUGCCCUCGCCCCGCGCUCUGCUACCAUUUUUUUCCGUCUCUGCUUCGCUCAGCGAUGCAAAACGCGCGAGGCACGGCAAAGGGCCGAGGCCGCGGGACUCUGCGGGCCAGGCCCGCCCCUCGGCCCGCAGCGCAGCACUGGACGCCCUGGCCGCUGUCCAGCACUGGCAGUCUGAGCCGAGGCUGUCGCGGAGCCAGUACAGCCGGGGCCGCGGGCUGGAAGGGCGAGCUUCCUAAGCCGGGGGAAUGCCCGGCGCCCGGGCAGGAGACACCCGCUAUUUCACCCAGUAAGCGGCCCCGGCCUGCGGAGGAGGGCGGCAUGCAGCUCCGCUUUGCCCGGCUCUCCGAGCACGCCACGGCCCCCACCCGGGGCUCCCCGCGGGCUGCGGGCUACGACCUGUACAGUGCCUAUGAUUACACAAUACCACCUAUGGAGAAAGCUCUUGUGAAAACGGACAUUCAGAUAGCGCUCCCUUCUGGGUGUUAUGGAAGAGUAGCUCCACGGUCAGGCUUGGCUGCAAAACACUUUAUUGAUGUAGGAGCUGGUGUCAUAGAUGAAGAUUAUAGAGGAAAUGUUGGUGUUGUACUGUUUAAUUUUGGCAAAGAAAAGUUUGAAGUCAAAAAGGGUGAUCGAAUUGCACAGCUCAUUUGCGAACGGAUUUUUUAUCCAGAAAUAGAAGAAGUUCAAGCUUUGGAUGACACUGAAAGGGGUUCAGGUGGUUUUGGUUCCACUGGAAAGAAUUAAAAUUUAUGCCAAGAACAGAAAACGAGAAGUCAUACCUUUUUCUUAAAAAAAAAGUUUUUGCUUAAAGUGUUUUGGUGUUUUGCACUUCUGUAAAUUUACUAGCUUCACCUUGGAAAAGUACUGCAUUUUUUACUUUUUUUUUUUUUUUUUUGAUGGUCAAGGAAGAGAUCAUAAAAAAAACACAAAGCUUUUUGUGUUUGGAUCAAAAAGAAACUUUGUUUUUCUGCAAUUGAUGGUUGUAUGUAAAUCUGCUUUGUGGUGACCUGAUGUAAAGUGUCUUCUUAAAAUCAAAUGUACAUCAAUUACAGAUUAAAAGAAAAAUUGUAUUUAACUCAAAUGAUCCUCCCCCUUCAGCAACUUAUUUUGCUUUAAUUCCUUUAAAUCUUAAGCAGUAUUUUGUAUUCAGUAAACUUAAAUUCUUAUACAAGGUACAAAAUCUUGCAUAAGCUGAACUAAAAGAAAAUGAAAAGGAGAGAUUAAA